CUAUCUACGGUCUUGUGAUGGUGGACCCUGUUCAGAACCUGGGGGACUCUUUCUUCUGCAACAUAGAGAAGGUGUACCUGUGCACCGGCGCGGAUGGAUACGUGCCCAAGUACAACCCCACUAACUUUGAGUUUGGAUGUCUGGCUGAAUCUCCCUCUCUGCUCUACCACUUCAAGAUCUUAGACAAGGCCCAGCCCGAGACUCAGGCCCGUGGGUUUGGUGACGUGGAAUUUAAUGCAAUGUUGGCUGCAGAUGACCCCUCAACUCUCUCUCUGGUCAGACAGCCUGGAACAGACGGAUUCAGACUGGACUCUACGGCCAUGUUCCAGGUGGCUGCGGGUCGUGAGUGGUUCAUCCACACCAUCUACACCAUCCGCUCCAAAGACAACGCCAACCACGGCAUCGGCAAGAGGAGCCUCGAGUACCACCACUCCCUGGUCGCCACGGGCAACGACCUCUCCAUUACCCCCAGGGUCAAAGGUCAAGGUCACCGUGUGAGGAGGUCAGCCAGUGGAUUGGUCGGAGCGGCGGUCCCCGACGUGGCCGAUGACAUUGGAGCAGACAACAACCGUGGCACCAACAUCAUGCACAUCGCCUUGGACCGUACCGAGAGGAGGGCGGCAGCGGGGGUGGAGCUGUACGCCGACCGUCUGGAACCAAGAGAGCUGAGCAGGGGGGAGGGGGAGGAGGGGUUGCCGACGGUGGUGGGGGGGCUGGUGGGAAUGCUGCUCACCUUCCUCCUCAUCAUCAUCCUCGUCCUGGUGGUCCGGUACAGACAGAAGGAGGAGAGGAAAGAGAGGGUGAGGUGGUCGGCGAGCACGGAAGCGAUGAUGGUGGCGAGGAUGGACGACUGCAGCAACAGCUCAGAGGUCUAAGAGAGAUGGACGGAUUGAAAAAAAAAUGGACAGAGUUUUGAGGAGUAUUUGAGCUUUUGUAAUGUGUUACCCCCCCCAUGAUUUUUGUACACUGUUACUGGAGGAUUUUUGAAAGCUCCUUCUCGUGGCUGCUCAGUAAGUCAAGUGAUUGAAAAGCUUCAUCCUUGUAUAUUUAAACUCUCCCAUUUAAAACACCUAUAAAAGAACAACUGUGCUGCAAUCAGUUUUGUGGUUUUAAAGACAGCUCCUCCUUUUGAUAAAUGUCAUGGUUUUACUUUUCCUUGUAGCUGUUGUGUUGCAAGUGCCUCAAGCAGCUACACAUAGACCAAUGGGGGCUCUCCUUAAACAGCUAUCUAGUGUCUUGACCAAUGGGGGCUCCUCCUUAAAUUCAGCUAUCUAGUGUCUUGACCAA